AUGGAUCCAAUCAAGCUUUGCGUGGAUUGGCAAAAAAUCAAAAGCGACACUUCUGUGUCAAGAAUACAGUGGAAGUUCAUCCCGCCCAGCUCGCCUUGGUGGGGUGGAUUCUGGGAAAGAUUGAUUGGCCUGAUGAAAACCAUCUUAAGAAAAGUCCUCGGCAAGGCUUGCUUAAAAUAUGAGGAGCUUUCAACAAUCCUUUGCGAUUGUGAGAAUGUUAUUAAUUCCCGACCAAUAACUUAUGUUUCAGAAGACCUGGAACUCCAACCACUGACUCCAGCGAUGUUUCUGAGAGACCUUAAAGAGAGUGGAGUUCCAGAUAUAGAUCAAAUCGAAUCUUCAAGUUUGCAAAAAAGAUAUCUUUAUAGAUUGAAACUUCGUAAAGAUCUAAGAAAACGGUUUCGAUCUGAGUAUCUUGGGCAGCUUAGAAGUUAUGCGAAAAAAUCACGAAACAGCUAUCUCUUUUCCAUAGGAGAUAUAGUCUUAUUAGAAACCACGGCUAAAAGAAUCAGUUGGCCUCUUGGAAAAGUGGUGAAAUUAAUCAAAGGAAAAGACGGGAUAGUGCGUCUUGUCAAAGUUCGCACUAAGCAAGGAGACUUACUUCGACCUAUACAGCGCCUCUAUCCUCUUGAAGUAAGUUCUCCCAACGACAGAGAACUUCGCAAGCGAAUUGAAGAUACCGUCAUUUGUGACGAAGGGAAGGGCCAUAAUCCGAGUGAUUCAUCUUCACCAGUGCCCGUCUUUCAGGAAGCAACUUCGCCAGUGCCUGUCUCUCCGGAAGAACUAUUACCCACUUCUCAAUCUCGGCGAAUCAACCGCUAUGGUCGAACUCUACGUGCUCCUCAUCGUUUGGAUCUCUAG